UCUGUUUGCACCCAGAACCUCCACUUUACUUUCCAAUCUCAACUUAAAUAGAUUACAGAGGAUUCCCCUAUUUAAAGACUUCAACAAAAGCCCCAGUGUUUAUUUUUGGUUCAUCUAAGAAUUACAACAUACACAACAGUGCCAGAGACACUGGAGGUAUCUGAAGUGAGUUACCUUUCCCUUGCAGGACCGUUGUGUCCAGCAGAACAGCCAGAGAUUCAGAGACUUAGUAGGUCAGCCGAGAGUUGUCUCUACCUUCUGCACCAGUGAGCUGGAAUCACACUAUCUGUUCUGCUGGGACUUGCUGCACCAAGAGGCUGCCUGCACGUUUGAAACCAUGUCUCUCAGACUCCUGCCUGCUAUCACGAUGGACAACGACGAGGAUGAUGAUGGUAACUUCACCAAGUGGAUGAGUAGUUACUGGGGCCACGGAGCAGAUGCCAGACACUCCAGAGAGAGGAAACGUAGUUUCAGAAAGCCUGGGAAAACACACGCUGAUCGAAGAGCAUCUCUCCCGACUGCGACACAACUGGACGCCAUGAAGUUAAACAGGCUCCAUGCUGCCACGAUGGCGCCCACCCCGAAGACAAGAGAGGAGAAGGGGGAGGUCAGGCCUCAUCUCCGACCUCGUCGUCAGUCCGCGGACGACCGAACCAAGACGUCCAUUCAGGAGAGCCGCAUCACCACCAUCCCUGAGAUAACAGAGUCGUUUGAGAAGAGGCUCAUCCUCGACGAUAACAACAUCACGUCACUGAAUACCGACAGCAAGCUGUGCCUGAUCUGUCACGAAGACAUGUGUAGGAGCGGGGGCGGCGUCCAGGAGCUCCAUUGUACACACCGCUUCCACAAAGAGGUGGCAAAGAAAUUAGAGGAGAGUCUGCGUCGCAGGAGCAGUGAAGCAGAAGCUUGUCAGGCCAGGAAGCCGACAAAUGAAAGGAGGAAUUCGGCAGAUGGACCGAUUUCCUUGGAGAAGAAGCCGCACACAUUCUUUCGCCAGCUUUCCCUGCGAAGACGUCGCUGAUAUCAUUCUGCAGAAAGGGGAACGAGUCUACUUUGGAAAUUAUGAAGACUUUCCCUCUUUGGCAGAAAAGGAGGAUUCCACCCAAGACGUCUGUUGCCUUGUGGUGUUUUUAAAUCCAAAGAUUUAAAACCUAUAUUGACCUAUAUUUCUAAAUUUCUGCAGACUGUCCCGCUGGGUCCCACUUUUGGGGUCUUUGCAAAUCUAUUCUUUUCAGAGUCAAAGGCAAAUUUUGGAGGAAUAGUGAAUACCAAAUUCAUUAAUGAGAGCAUUUGAAAUGUCCAAAGACUUACUGUUUUGUUGUAAUUUAAAUUCCUAUAAACAUAUAACUGUUACAAGUUUAUAAAUCUAAGAUAGGGUCUAAGUCAAGUUCCCUCCACAUAUAAACAUGUAUUUUCCUGCAGCCAACGAUGUAUUCUCUGUGUAUCACUAGUUUUAUUAAAGACAUGUAUAAAAUAUAUGAAUUAUUUGCUUCAGUGGUUAUGUAUAUAUAUGAUGAUUCAUUCUUUGUUACAAUGUGACAAGAAUCAAUCUUUAGACUACUGUCUUUAAAUUUAACUUAUUUUAGGAAUUACCUGCUUCAUAACUUCUUAAAUGCAGGAAACUGUUUGUUACCGUAGGUCAGCAUGUGUGAAAUUAUAUCCUGGCAUCUGUGUAAAUAAUCAAUACCUGUAGAAAUAAUGAACAUUUGGAUAAAAAAAAAAAAAAAAAGAUUCUGGAGAAGGAAUAAUAAUGUGUUGCAUAAUGUGUUUCAGUGCAUGGAGCAGUGGCUGUGGAAGAAACAGACGUGUCCCACAUGCCGUGUCCACGUAUCCAUGAUAAAGCCCCUUUACUGGUCUUCGUCCCGGACCACUGUCCCAUGAUGGCCCUGCACUUGCAAUGCCUGCAUGCUCGUGUGGCCCACCCGGCCCAAAGACCUCCACCACCCCUCCGUUCCUCAGUCCUUCUGCAUGAAAAACCCAUGCUCGAUCGCUCCCUGUCAGUGGAGAGGCCUGGAUGCUGGAUGCUGGUUAACAGACAGCUGUGUACUGGUGGUAUCUCACGCUGAUUGUUUAUAAAAUAUUCAGUUUUACGCUGUAAAUUAUUGCCCUAUAAGAAAUGCUUUGUUUUUCUCUUUAUUUUUUGUUACAGAUUAAAAAACAAAUGCAAAAAAAAAAAUCUGAUUACUUUUGAAAAGUUGUACCUGGGUAGAGAAUGAAACUAACAUAUAAACCAUGACCAUCAUGCUGUCCUCGGUUCAGGACGUUUCUGAGAAAACACUGAAUUUUGGGCUGAUGCCACAGUGCCUGAAGAAAAGUGUUUUCCUGGAUGAGUGUUCACAGCAUGGGUGGGGUCGGAAGAGGCCCAGUGAUGGACCAGAGCGGUGACCGCACAUUUCACAUCAGCUCUGAUGGUUACUCCAAGUUCUCCGUAGUUGAGGGGGAAAGGAACAAAACACAUAUCGUGAAAUCAAAUUUUACUGAUGUAAAACAGUUCGGAGUAUCUGAACAUUCAAAGAGAUUGUGGCAGGUUGUCAUUAAGAAAUUAAUCCUUAUCUUGCUCCAUUUAACAUCAGAUUUGCCUGUACCACCUUCCUUUCUUACGUCUGCUUUUGUUGCUCGCCACAAAAGCAGCGCCGGGUUGGAUGUCAGCUGAUACUCCUGUCUGUUGUUGUACAUCUAAUCCAGAAUAUACUUGGGUCCUGGAAACAUGCGCAGAGACACUACCACAAAGACGGGUCUGACCAUCCUGUUGGGUGUUUGUCUGUGAACAGACUUUGACAACACGACAGUGUAAGCUUCAGCAUCACAGCGAGUAUAAUCUCUCGGCGAGCUCUUCAACAAUUUUGCAUGCGAAGGUUUUGCAUGUGAGUCGACAGUCAUCUGGACGCUGAUACGUUUUUAAACAUCUCUCUUGUUGUUCUCCACUGCCAAGCGAGAGGUUUACAGUGUAUACUCGGUCUGAGAAAGUCGGACUGCUGUAUACUGUAUAACCAAUGUUUACCCGACAUCGUAUUAUACAUAUAUGGUUUUAUUUUGUAGCUACUGACUUGUAGAUGAUUCUCAUUUAUUAUUAUUUCAUAUUAACCAUUUCUCUAUCUAUUCUCAUCUAUUCUCAACUCAUUUACUAACUGAGAAAUGGUGAUAAUCUACUGUGACUUAAAUUUGCCUGUUUACGCUGCAAAAAAAGGUGUACAAAGAUUGUCACGUUGAAUAAUUUGUCCUACAUUUUAAACCAACAAUGCUUUGCUCAAACAGAUCAAGUGACGCAGCAUCAGCCUCCAUGUUUUCUUUCCUCUUUGAGACCAAAAGCACAACACUGUUUUCCUGUGGCCGUUAAGGUCUUGCACUUUUGAAAUAAAAGCACUCUGAUGUGAC